AUGGGCUCCAGCAUCUUCCCACUCUGUCUGACACUUCUGCUGUGUUCUGUCUAUGCUUCUCCAGUCUCUGUGGGACACCUCUCCAGUGAAGCUGAUGCUGGAGCUGGUGAGAUAUUCAAAGACAUUCCUCAAAUCAACUUGGCUGCUGGACUGGACCUCUUUCAGGGUGACAUCUUGCUCCCUAAAAAUCAGCGAAAUGCCUUAAUAAAUGAGACUUACAGAUGGAAGUUCCCCAUUCCCUAUAUUCUGGGUGAUGACCUAGACCUGAAUGCCAAAGGAGUCAUUCUCCAGGCAUUUGAAAUGUUCCGCCUGAAGUCCUGCAUUGAUUUCAAGCCAUAUGAAGGAGAAAGAACUUACAUUUUCUUUAGCAAACAAGAUGGGUGUUGGUCCAUGGUGGGGGACCUGCAGACUGGACAAAACCUCUCAAUUGGGUCAAGGUGUGACUACAGAGCAAUUGUGGAACAUGAGAUCCUGCAUGCUUUAGGAUUUUACCAUGAGCAGUCGAGGAUGGACCGGGAUGACUACGUGAAUAUCUGGUGGGAUGAAAUUAUUGCAGGCCAAGAGCACAAUUUUGCAAAGUAUGAUGACACCUACAUCACUGAUCUGAACACCCCCUAUGACUACGAAUCAUUGAUGCACUAUGAACCACUUUCAUUUAACAAAAAUGAAAGUGUCCCCACAAUCACAGCAAAGAUACCAGCGUUUGAUGACAUAAUUGGACAACGUCUAGACCUCAGUGCCAUUGACCUGGAAAGACUGAAUCGCAUGUACAACUGCACUUCAACUCACACCUUUUUGGACCAGUGUUCUUUUGAGCUUGAAAACAUCUGUGGUAUGAUCCAGGGCACCAAGCAUGACCAAGACUGGAUCCACCAACAGGGCAGUGUGACAGGGCAGGAGGACCACACACUUUCUGGGCAUUGUAGAGAUGCUGGCUACUUCAUGUACUUCAACACCAACUCUGGCCAGGCAGAUGAGGUGGCAAUCCUAGAGUCCCGAAUCCUUUAUCCAAAGAGAACUCAGCAGUGCCUCCAGUUCUUCUAUAGGACCACAGGAAGCCCUUCUGACAAGCUGAUCAUCUGGCUUAAAGAGGAUGAUGGCACUGGAAACAUUCGUAAGAUGAGGAAAAUUCAAACCUUUCAAGCGGACAGUGACUCCAGCUGGAAAAUUGCCCACGUAACCCUCAACGCUCAGAAGAAGUUCCGUUACCUCUUCCAAGGACUGAAGGGCACCCCCAGCUCUUCAUCAGGUGGGAUUGCUAUUGAUGAUGUGACUCUGACAGAGACCCCCUGUCCCACAGCUGUGUGGGUCGUUCGCAACUUCAGCAAAAUCCUUGAGAACUCAUCCAUCAGCGUUGUUGAAAGCCCCCGCUUUUACAGCCCUGAGGGUUAUGGAUUUGGCAUCAGCGUGUUGCCCAACUACCGAAACAGCAGCUACGCUCAGAUUGCCUUCCACCUGUGCAGUGGAGAGAACGAUGCAGUUCUGGAGUGGCCGGCUCUGAACCGCCAGGUCACACUCACAGUGCUGGACCAGGACCCUGACGUCCUGAAAAGGAUGUCCUCGAGCAAAAGCUUCACCACAAGCAAAGACCAUGUUAACUCAGAAGAUGGAACUAUAAUAUGGGAUAAACCGUCAAUUGCUGGAAGGUUUGAUGAGUCGUGCAAUUGCAACAGAAGUGUAGCCCGGGGGUGGAGUAACUUCAUAUCUCACAGCCAGCUGAGACGGAGAAGCUUCCUGAAGAAUGAUGACCUUAUUAUUUUUGCAGAAUUUAACGAUAUAAUUCACCUCAAUAACACUGAAGUUCCUGUGGAACCUGUGCAAUCUGCCCUCACGGAAGGCCUUCUUCUUGAAAGGCAGAAGAGAGAAGCCCAGGACAUGGAGCUCAUCCAAGACCAGCUGCCUUAUCUGCCAGACCCGUGUGACCCAAACCCUUGUCAGAAUGAUGGAGUCUGUGUGAAUGUGAAAGGAAAAGCAAGCUGCAGAUGCCCAUCAGGACAAGCCUUCUUCUUCACCGGGGAGAGGUGUCAGUCAAGGCAGGUCCAUGGGAACAUCCUGGGAAUGUUGACUGGUGGAAUUGCUGGAACCAUUGUCUUAACUAUCGUCCUCAUUUCCAUGAUGGCUAGAAGAUAAAAAACUGCAGGGGGCACAAAUUUCAACCUGGUUCAUAAGACACCCAUUUUCAGUGAAAAAUGAUGAAUGUAACUUGGA